UCAAAGAAGGUCUUUCUGCUGCUCUUCUGUGUUUCAUUUUGUUGUUUGACUAAGUUAUGAUGGACCAAGAGCAGCCUCACAAUUGCUCUCACAGAAGGAGAGGUUUUUCUUCUGCCUCCUCCACUGGAGUUACCUACAAGCCACCUGUAUGUCAACCUUACGUGGCCACUGGCAGGUCUGGAGAAGGUAACAGCAGCAGAAGUUUCCAUAACUUUGGCCAAGCACAUAGGAUUUCCAAUGGCAGAUACCGGGGUGGAGGAAUCCGUGAGAUUUACAUUAACAAGCAGCUCUUAGAACCUCUCUAUCUUGGGGUUGAUCCGCAUGACCAUCAGGUUAAAGCAGAUGAGAAGGAACAAAUCAAAGACCUCAACAAUCAGUUUGCUUGCUUCAUUGACAAGGUCAGAUAUUUGGAAGAAAGGAACCAAGCCUUGGCCACCAAGUGGGAGCUGCUGAAAUCUCAAAACCCAGCAGUUAAGAAAGACCUUUCCCCACUAUGUGAAAAUUACAUCACUAGUAUGAGACGAAAACUUGACAAUUUAUUGUGUGAGAAGAACCAACUACAACAGGAACACAAGACCAUGUUGGAUCUAAUUGAGGCAAAUCGAUGCAAGUAUGAAGAAGAAGUCAAGAGACGAACAAAUGCAGAGAAUGAGUUUAUUGUACUAAAGCAGGAUGUUGAUGGCAUAUUUAAAAAGCAGAAGGAACUGGAACAGAAGAAAGAAGUGCUGGAAGAAAACAUAGCUUUCUUGACAAACUUCUUUGCAAAGGAACGCGCUAUUUUGGAAAGUCAAUUAAACAAUACAUCUGUGGUGGUCAAUAUGGAUAACAGCAGGUGCCUGGAUAUGGACAGUCUCAUCCAGGAAAUUGAAGGCUGGUAUCAGGGCAUUGUUCAAAAAAGCAAGGGAGAAGCUAACCUCUUUUAUUGGAACCAGAUGGAGGAUCUCCAGAGCAAACGAAGUCAAUUCUAUGAGAAGCUGAGACAAAACAACGCUGACAUUGCUGAGCUAAAUCGCUAUGUCCAGAUAAUGAGAUGCCAAGUAGGAACUGAGAAGCAGAAGGUUGCUUCUUUGCAUGCAGCCCUCAGGGAAACUAAAGAACUUGGAGACCAUGCUCUGCAAGAUGCUGAAUCUAAAUACAAGGAUCUUCAGAAUCGUGUGCAGACCUCCAAAGACAGAUUGGUCGCUCUUGUGCGGGAUUAUCAGGAUCUCAUGAAUACCAAACUAGCCCUUGAUAUUGAGAUUGCAACAUACAAAACACUGCUGGAAGGAGAGGAGCAAAGAAUCUCUUCAGGAGUUCCUGUGAACGUAGCUAUGGUGAAUGCUACAUGUGCCCUCCACAACCCAGCCCGUCACCUGAAACAAUAGAGUGAAAACCAAAAGAACACUAGCUGCAAAUAUGGGGUGUUGUUUUUAGAACUGGCAGCUGAAACUCCAGAGGAGUUCAUCCUUGCAUGAUUGCCCUGGGUUUAUGGUAAUAUAGGGUGUAGGCAUCUGUGCUCCUGAAGACUGAUAUGAAUUGGAUUUAGAGAUCAACAAUCACAUGGGACAAUCCCUGUGACUGAAUACUGAGCCAGGAACAAACCCACUCUCUCCCUAUUUUUGUGUGCAGACCUUAAAUGGGACUGGGAAUAUUUGGCUCUCCAGAUAUUUUGGGUUUCAACAACCAGAAGUUCUAGCCAGCAUAGUAAGGGAUUAUGGGAAUGCAGGUCCAACAACACUUGGAAGGCCCGUUAUAGCUAACAGUCCUUUAAACUGUACAAAGUCUUCUAAGCAAGGCAUUUCAAGUUAUAUCUCACAUAUGGCUUUUUAAAGCAAAGCAAACCACAACUGAUAUAAAGCCACAGUUUGUCAAGCUUGGUGACACAAUGAGCUGUAGUUAAUUAAAAAUAAAAAUGAAAGCUUCCAAAUUCUUUCUUCUUGUUGUGCCAGGGGAGAGGGAGGAAACACAUGGGUCUGGGGGAUCUUAAAUUCACAUUUGUCACAAUAUUUAUGGCUUUCAGUGAUGUUUCAAUGCAGUUAAUAUGUUUCCAAACUGAGGUUUCCAAUAGACUGGCACAGGGUAGUUACAGAUAUGCAUAUUUGCCCUUCAAGGCAUGCCCAAUUCUGCAAUAAUUAGACUGCUGUUAAAAUUGGGGUGUUCAUCUUAUCAUGCAAAUAACGUCAAAUGUUGCAUUAAUUUGAGAAUGAUCAAAUGAGAAGAUCUUGUCUGGCAGAGAUGCUGGUGUGGGUAAACGUAAUGUUAAAAAUCCCAACUGUCAUAUAUCACUGUUCUGUAGGGCCAGUCCUACUGUUAGGAAAAGGAAUUCGAUUUCCCAGGAAGCAGGUUUUUGUUAUUAUGAAAGAGAAACAAAUAAACAAUUAUUUCCUGUUAUAA